AUGGUCGGCGGCUGGUGUGCGCGCAGGCUGGCGCGCCGCUCCCGGUCCGCCCUGAUCGCAGCCCUCACGGUGCUGCUGGUGCAGACGCUCAUCGUGUGGAACUUCAGCACCCUCGACUCCGGUGAGGAGAGCGACAACGCCGGCUCCAACGCGCGGGAGAAGAGGGACCGGGUCGCCGGCGACUAUUUCCAGCAGCGGCGGAAGCCGGGGCAGCAUCUCCCCCCCUCGCCCGGGAGGGGGACGGCUCGCCACAUACAGCAGCCGGAUGGGUAUUACUCCCACCGGCCGAAGGAGAAAAGCAAAGUGGACAGCAACAACGAGAACUCCGUGCCCAGAGACUUUGAGAACAUAGACAACAGCAACUUUGGAGCGCGAUCGCAGCCUCAGCGGCAGCCGGCGGGAGGAGGGGGGGGGGGCGGCGGUAAGCAGCGGGACCACCUGCAGGAGAAGGCCCACGCCCAGCAGCAGGCCUGGCAGAGCCGCCCCCCGGGCCAGGCCCGCGCCUCCAACGAGGUCCUGUCGGUGGGCCACCAGCCCACCGGCAACGCCUCCCACCCCGGCGGUCAGGGCGCGGCCAGGGGCCCCCGCCAGCAACCCCCCCGGGCCUCCCAGGCCCAGCCGGCCCAGUCCCAGCACCGGCACCAGCACCUCCACAGGAAGCAGGCCACCCCGCCCACGCUGGAGGUGACCUACGACCAGCCGCCCAAGUGCGAGAUCAGCGGGAAGGAGGCCAUCUCGGCCCUGUCUCGGGCCAAGAGCAAAGAGUGCCGGCAGCAGAUCGCCGAGGUCUACUGCAGACACAAGGAGGGGCGGCUAAUGCCAGAGAAAGUCACUCGCUACUGCCCCCUUGAAGGUAAAGCCAACGUGAAUGUCCAGUGGGAUGAGGACUCUGUGGAGAGCUUCCCAUCGAAGCCAGUGAGAAUCGCGUUUGUGUUAGUGAUCCACGGCCGAGCCUCUCGUCAGUUCCAGCGCCUCUUCAAAGCCAUCUACCACACCUCCCAUUUCUACUACAUACACGUGGACCAGCGCUCGAACUACCUGCACAGGCAGGCCCAGGCCCUGGCCACGCAGUACCCCAACGUGAGGGUGACACCCUGGCGCAUGGCCACCAUCUGGGGGGGGGCCAGUUUGCUGACCAUGUAUCUACGCAGCAUGGCGGACCUGCUGGCGAUGAGGGACUGGAGCUGGGAUUUCUUCAUCAAUCUCAGUGCGGCUGACUACCCCAUCAGGAGCAAUAACCAGCUGGUCACCUUCCUAACCAAAUACAGAAAUAUGAACUUCAUUAAGUCCCAUGGCAGGGACAAUGCAAGGUUCAUCCGUAAGCAGGGUCUGGAUCGGCUUUUUUACGAGUGUGACACCCACAUGUGGAGGCUGGGCGACCGGAAAAUCCCCGAAGGCAUCUCAGUGGACGGCGGAUCCGACUGGUUCCUGCUCAAUCGCAUGUUUGUUGAAUAUGUGAUCAACUCCAAGGAUGACCUGGUUACCAACAUGAACCGCUUUUACGCUUACACUCUGCUGCCUGCUGAGUCGUUCUUCCACACUGUGCUAGAGAACAGCGCCCACUGUGAGAGCAUGGUGGACAACAACCUGCGCAUCACAAACUGGAACCGCAAACUAGGGUGUAAGUGUCAGUACAAGCACAUCGUGGACUGGUGCGGAUGCUCUCCUAAUGACUUCAAGCCGGCAGACUUCCACCGCUUCCAGCAAACGGUGCGGCCCACCUUCUUUGCCAGGAAGUUCGAGGCCAGCGUGAAUCAGGAGAUAGUCAACCAGCUGGACGCCUACCUGUUCGGGCCGUUCCCCCACGGGACGCCGGCGCUCAGCUCGUACUGGGAGAACGUCUACGACGAGCCCGAUGGCGCCGCCAGCCUGUCGGACACGCAGCUCACGUACUAUCACUCCUUCUCCCGGCUGGGCCUGGCCAGGGCCGCCGCCUCGCUGCAGGGGAACCCAAAGGACCACAGCUGCAGGUAUUUCCCUAUCCCCAUGGGCCACCCGGUGUCCGUGCACCUCUACUUCCACUUGGACCAGUUCCAGGGCUACCUGGUCAAGCACCAUGCCACUAACCUGGCCACAAGCAAAAUGGAGACCAUGGAGACCUGGGUGGCACCCAAGAAGAACUUCAAGCUCACCGCCCCCCCCACCAGCACCUUCAGCAGGCUGCAGUUUGCAGAGAUCGGCACCGAAUGGGACGCCAAAGAACGCAUCUUCCGAAACCUCGGCGGCCUGAUGGGCCCCAUGGACGAGACCAUGGGCAUGCAGAAGUGGAGCAAAGGGCCCAACGUCACCGUCACCGUGGUGUGGAUCGACCCCACCAACGUGAUCGCGGCCACCUACGACAUCCUGAUAGACGCCAGCGCCGAGUUCACCCACUACCGCCCGCCGCUCAACCAGCCCCUGAGGCCCGGCGUGUGGAGCGUCCGCGUCCUGCACCACUGGAGCCCCGUGGCCGAGAUCCGCUUCCUGGUGGCCCCGCUGGCCUACAACAAGCGCCAGCCCAUACGGCCAGAUGACGCUCUGAGGCUUCACAACGGGCCGGCGAAGAACAGCUACAUGGAGCAGAGCUUCCACGGCCUCAACCCGGUGCUCAACAUUCCCGUGAGCCUGGCCCGCGUGGAGCAGGCCAAGCGGAACGCGGCCCUGGCGGGCCCGGAGCUGGACGGCUGGCUGGACGGGCUGGUGGGCGAGCUGUGGGAGGCGGCCGACGUGUGCGCCGCCGGCCCCACCGCCUGCCCCGUCAUGCAGGCCUGCGCCAAGAGCCCCUGGAGCUCCCUGAGCCCCGACCCCAAAUCCCAGCUGGGCCCGCCCCGCGCUAACGGCCGCAUCAGGUAG